UAACAAUAGUAAUGGCCGACAUUUCUAGGUACACAAAUGUGUGUACUUCCAAGAAUUAAUUUAAUAACGGUAAAAUAAUUAUUAACCGAGUGAAAAGUGAAAUCGUAGUGAAUUGCGUUAAAAACAAAUCUUAAUGUAUAUUACGUGCCAAAAUGUUUCGUUUUUUAAGCGGACGAAAAGAUCGAAAUUCGCCCAAAAAUGGUACCAGGGAUUUGAAAGUCUUCACGAAACACUCUCAUAACCGAAAUUUGAUACAGUGCAAAGUGAUAUUGCUAGAUGGGACCGAUCUGUCCGUCGAUCUUUCGAAGAAGGCCGCGGCUGGCGAUUUAUACGAGCAGGUUUUCUAUUCGUUGGACUUGAUUGAGAAAGACUACUUCGGUCUGCAAUUCACUGAUGUUAAUCACGUGAAACACUGGCUGGAUCCGACGAAACCGAUUAAGAAACAGAUUAAAAUUGGCCCCCCUUACACCUUAAGAUUGAAAGUGAAGUUUUAUUCAUCGGAACCGAACAAUUUACGCGAGGAACUGACGAGGUACCAGUUCUUUCUCCAGCUCAAGCAGGACAUUUUGGAAGGCAGACUCGAGUGUCCCCAGCAGACGGCCGUCGAGCUGUUCGCCCUUGCGUUGCAAUCCGAGCUCGGCGAUUACGAUGAGACCCAGCAUACGGCGGCGACCGUUUCCGAAUUCCGCUUCAUUCCGAACCAGACGGAGGAAAUGGAGAUCGAAAUCCUGGAAGAGUACAAGAGGUGUGUCGGGUUGACACCGGCGCAGGCGGAGUCGAACUUCCUAAACAAGGUGAAGUGGCUGGAGAUGUACGGUGUCGACAUGCAUACGGUUUUGGGAAAGGACGGCAUGGAGUACCACCUCGGCCUUACACCGACCGGAAUUCUAGUGUUCGAAGGCUCGCAAAAGAUCGGCCUAUUUUUCUGGCCGAAGAUCGGCAAGCUGAACUUCAAGAAGAAGAAGCUCACCCUCGUCGUGGUCGAGGACGACGAUCAGGGCCGCGAGCAGGAGCACACCUUCGUCUUUCGUCUCCACAACGAAAAGGCGUGCAAGCACCUGUGGAAGUGCGCCGUCGAGCAUCACGGCUUCUUCCGCCUGAAGGCGGCGCCGCGCUCCAACUCGGCGAAGCAGAAUUUUUUUCGAAUGGGCUCGAGGUUCCGCUACUCGGGCCGGACGGAGUACCAGAGCACGCACCAGGCGAGGGCGCGACGCACCGUUCAGCUGGAGAGGCGGCCGAGUCAGAGGUACGGUCGACGGCAAAGUCACGUCUUAAGGGAGCGACAGCAGAAGGAGGCGUCCAAGGUGGAGGGCGCGGAGGCGGCGAGUCGCUGCUCGACGCGAUCCAACGCGACGAACACGACCGACGCUGAGCCCGUUUAUUGUAAAAUCGCCGAGGAUACGAAGUUACCCAAAGACGCCCUGGUACUAUGUUCUUAGGAGGGGACAACCUGAUAUCCAUUUCUAAAACGCACCAUGUGAAUCCUGAGGGCAAAAAGUGUUACCG